AUGGUCGAGGCAGAAGCCAAUUGUCAAAAUGGAAUGAAAUACGACGAGAUUCUUCGAUUAUGUGAUUGUAAAGGGUUCUAUGUUGGAGAUUCCUGUCAAUAUCAUUUCCUCUUCUAUGCCGUUUUAGUGAUCGUGAUAGUGAUUGUCAUCUACUGUCUGGUAUUAUGGAUUCGUUCGAUGUUCGAGAGAAGGAAUCAACAUCCACGUGGAUUGUCAUGUAAUGCUCUACUAGAGAAUGGGAUGAGUAGAGAAUCUUCCGUGAAAUCGAAACGUGGAAAUUCAAUAGAACACCCCAGGCUGCACAGUUACAGUGUAACACCCAGCGCUCCUGCAAUGGAAACUGCAUUUGGGCAUGAUUACGAUCCACCGCCAAGUUACACUGAAGCAAUGCAAUCUACAGUAUAA